AUGAACGCGACCAAAUGGCGAAUCUCAAAGGCCUGCCAGGAAUGCCGCGUCAAGAAGAUCAAGUGCAACGGCGAGACGCCCUGCCAGAAUUGCAGGCUCAGGAGCCUGGGAUGCGUCUACCGCGAGAAGGCCCGCAACCGCACGCGCAAGGUCAAGCCGCGCACCGCCGCCUAUGAGUCCAUCAUGUCGCACGACGCCAUGGCAGCGUCGCCGUCGCUGGAGCCUUCCGACGAGGGCACAAACGUCCCUCCGACUCCUGUUGCCGAGGACGCUGCGUCGGUGGCUCCAGCUGCCUCGGCGUUUGGCAGCGACAGGAGUAUCAACAACAACAGCGUUGCCGCUGCUCAUCGCGCAUCGCCGUCAUGUUACCUUCAGCUGUACUAUGGACCUUCUUCGAAUUUCGCCCUUCUCAACGCCAUUUAUCAUCAGAUUGCGGGAAUUUCUCCUAAUGAUCCAGCAUCACGUGCUGGAGUUGAAGAGGCUGGUCCUGGUCUGGACCUGUUUAGCCAUCGGAGGUUGUUCUUUGGAGACUUUGCAGACAACAAACGACCAGCUUCGCUCGCAGAAGAUUAUUCAGCCAUGUUGAUAAACCCCGAAACGGCGCAUCGACUACUUGAGAGGUAUCUUCUCACCUACUGGCAUGGACUACCGGUCAUGAGUAAGGACAGUUAUCGCCGCCGUCUGGACGUGCUGUUUCAACCACCGGGCAUCUUUGAUUAUGAUGCACCAGAAACCAUCAUCAUCAUGCUCGCUGUUGGACUAGGGGCAUCCAUGACUGGAGAAGAGGCUAUUGCAGAGUUUCUGUUUCAAAAAGCGAAGCAGGGGGCGGCCAAGUUGGACGAGGUUGUCAACAUACAAGUGGUUCAAAUACACCUCAUGAUGGGUCACUUCCAGUCAGAAAGAGCACGGCCAAAUUCAAGUUUCCUGCAUAUAGGCACUGCAGUCAGAAAAGCCAUCGCCGCCGGCCUGCAUAAAGACGCCGACAUGUGCCCAGGACAAUCAAAUGAAGAUGCGGACCAAAGGAGAGUCAUGUUCUGGAGUUUGUUCUUCUGGGAAACGUGGCAAUGCUUUGUUGUCGGCCGUCCCAGUUCCAUCCCAGAUCCAGGUCCAGCCAUUACUGUCCCCAAGGAUCAAAAACAUCUAAUAUCCUUGGUUACCCUGUCACGAAUCAUGGAUAAGUGCGUCAAGCGUAUCUAUAGUCCAAAACAUGAUUCAUUAUUGCCCGUGUGGAAUGCGGCAAUCGAAAUCAGACGCGAACUUCACCGAUUUGCCGAGAAGCAACUCAAAGACAUGAAGUUUGGCCUCGUCAGCCCGACAAGCGGAGAGCUUGGCGUGUGUCAGGCUAUGGUGUCUACAAUGUACCACCACACUCUGCUUUUGACGUUCAGGCCGUUCUUGAUUUUGCGAGCGAAGCUCAAGCAAGAAAAAUCCUCUUCCGAUCCUACCUCUGCCGAGACCCUGCAUGCCCCUCCGCCUUGGCUUGACAAUGCUUGCGAGUACUGCCUAGAGGCAGCUAGAAACUCGAUUGGCUUUCUCACAAGCUCCUGCGCAACCAACACGCUCUGCCAUGAUAUCAAAUAUCACGGCUUCUUUAUCGAAGGAGCGUGCUACGCCUUGGCAUUUGACAUGCUGCAGGAGAAAAAGACGGCUCACCGUAACCUCCCCUGGAUCCACUCCGGCUUGAGAUGCCUCCGGUCCAUGAUUACCAAAGCAGGGGCCAACGCGGGUCAACUACCGACGACAAUCGCCUCGAUCGAGCAAAUGGUUCGCUCGGCCGGCUUCGAGCUCAAGGACCAAGUGGACCCGGAUAUGCGGCAAUCUCAGUCCCAGCAGCCCCUUCACUCGACCCUGCCAGGCUCCCCGGCCAUGCCUCCAGCUAGCGUCGCCGGGGAGGAGCCGGCUUUCACGUUUCCCUCGAUGCCGUUUGGCUUUGACGUCACUGGCCAGGUGAAUGGGACCUCUCCCAUGGGCGUAGGAUCGGAUGAACAGGCUGACUUUACGGCGGCGGAUGUCGGAUGGGACAUUGACUUUGGCACUAUGAAUAUGGAGGCAUUUUUAUCUCUUGACCCGACUGAGGCCUUCAACUUUGCUCUCUAA